CAGGGGAUGCUUACUACUCCUAGGUACCUGAUCCCACCUCUGGUGUAUCCAGGGGUCCGUGUUUGCCCAACUCUCUAUUUGUUAUUGCUCAUAAGAGUUGUGAGAUUGAUCACUGUUCGUUAUCUUCACCUUUCAUACAGAUUGAAGUGCUAGAAAAAAGAACAUAAAAGAAUUAUGAAACAACAGUAUUUAUCAUACUAGUAUAUUGUGUCAAUACUCCUGCAUGUAUUUUACAGCUUACGCUGCAUAUGGCUCGUCUUGGCUAAAUAACCAAGAGUACUACUAUCAUAAUGAGCCACGUAAUCGGCCUGAAUUGGAGCAGACGCUAGAUAUUGGAAAUGACAGGGAACCACAAAGAAUGAAAGAUUAUGAAUUAAAGUCAAAUAAGAUUUCUUCAAAUGGGAACGAUAUGACGAGAUCUGCCGACCUUUACGUCACACGACAGCCCAUGAAAGACCCUCCUCAAGGAGAAUCUAUGGAUCAGGUGAAAGAGAUUAUGAACAAAAUGAAUACUGGAAAGUUAUUGAAUGGACAAAUUUCAGGAGGUAGUUCUAAACAAAGGGGAAGUGGACACAAAAUAAAGGAAUACGAUCUAGGCACGAACUCAGGAUAUCGCUGGGUACUCCACCGUGAGCCAUUAGCGGAACGGUUACGGAAAAUUAAAAAACGCAAAACAUAUAACAACUCAAACCAGGGUAAACAUGUUCCUUUUCUAACUAAUCCUGCUAUAUCGAAAGCAUCUUUGAAAACUUUGAUUAAACAUCUGCCCACAAAAGGAGCUUCAACUUCAAUCAAACCUUACAGGAAAUCAUUUCAGAAACUUCCAACUCGAAGUUUACUUCUGUCAAGUUCACUGCAUGGUUUUCCGAUAUUGAUAUCAAUCAGUCCAACUUUUAAAGCACACAAUAUGAAAUAUGCUUCUGUUAUAGGGUAUGGAUUAAAAUCACUGUUGAAGCAUCACCCCUUUACACCGCUGGGACCGUACUUUCAAAAGCCUGCGAACGAAACAUCAUUGCAUCAUAUCGUGAAACGUUCAUACAGAUACCGCUUUCAUGUUCGUCGUCAUAGAUACCACCAUCGACGAAGGAGUAGGUCUGUUUAUCGGCGGGUGAGGAGACGGCGGUAUCGCAAAGUAUAUGUUCACUAUCGAAGACCUGUAUAUCGUAAAAGACCAGUUUAUCGAAAUAGAAACAAACGGUAUCGCUCUACACUAUCCCGAAAGAGGAAAUACUCAAAGAAAUAUGUCUACAAGAAAAAAUAUGUUUAUCGAACUGGACAAUCUGGCACUAAAAGGGUUUACAACACCGGAAAGUACUCUGGUGGAUAUGGCCAAGCUUAUUGGGUUUAUUUGCAGAAAUACUAUCCCAAAAUUUAUUUGCAUUACCUUGAUGGUUCCUACAACAAAGGAAAUUACAUCAAAUAUUAUAAAACAUAUCUAACGCACUACUUACCAUCGCACGUUAAAGGAUAUAACAAGAAAGGAUAUCGUCUAGGAUCCUACAAAGCUAGAAUAGACUACAGCGGUUUAAAAAAGCCCCCACCGCCUCCUAAAAAACCGAAAACGUUCAGACUUAAAACAGAGAAACCCCAUCUAGGAAACGACAGCUGCCCGUAUGCCUGGUUGAAGUACGAGGGAAGUUGUUAUUACUUUAGUCGAGACGAACUGAGCUGGUAUAAAGCCACGAUGACAUGCGCGUCGAUGGGCGGAUAUUUAGCAGUUGUAACCAGUGCUCAUGAAAAUACUUAUUUGAGGAAUUUUCUUAUAGCAAAUGAAAUCGAUAAGGGAGCAUGGAUAGGAAUAAACGAAAUAACAGACACUGAAAAACAUCGGUGGAGGUGGGGAUUCAGCACCAAAAUCUGCAGUAAGUAUGACUGGUAUGGGGAGGAGCCAGAAUACCAUACGUCCAACGAUUACCACUGUGGAAUAAUGUGGCAGACUUACAGAUACCACUGGCAUCUCGAGAGCUGCCACAGGGACCACUACUACAUCUGCGAGAUGAAACUGGGAAAACCAUGUAGAUGCCAGUACUAAAUUUGCAUUGUUAAAAUAUCAAAUUAAAGAUUGACUCAUUGUUUAUUCAGCUUCCUUUCAAUUACAACAUACAAGGUGACAACUUUAUAAAUAAAACAUAUAUUUUACUUCCAUAUGUCCAUUAGUAAAACUGUACACUGGAAUUAUAAAUAACAUCUUCAUUGUACACGUACAUACAAAACAAAAUUAUGCAAAUAGCAUGUCGUAUAAGUAACAGACAUAACUUUAAGAGCAAUCGAGAUAUCUGGAUAUUUGAAAGGAUCGAGUAUUUUUUCAAGUAAAUGGUAUAAAUUGAAAAAAAAAAAUGUAUGCAGCUCAUAAACCUCUAUACAAAUAAAAUAUAUAUUUUCUCUACUAUUAUAAAAUUGUUAAUACAACGUACAGUGAAUAAAAAUACAACAUGCAUUUCAACUUUAUAUUACCAACUACAGUGCAUAUUAAAGCUUAAAUAAAGUGAUGCAGCUGUCCAAAAGAUAGUACGAUUUCUUAAAUUUACCAAAACAUGGGUUGUUUUGUUUUGAUGUGUCUUCUACACAAUGGGCAUUUUCGCAGCCUCUUGGAACAGUCAGUACAUACCACCAAGUGACUACAAGGCAGAAAAAGUAUUCCAACUUCUUUUGAUAAACAAACCUUACAUGUAACACGUUGUCGCAAUUCCUCAUCACUUUGCUGGUUCAAAAUUGGUUUUAAACUAGCUCCCUCAGUUGGAUUAUCGGACAGCGACACCCUUUCAGUAUUUUGAGAAUAUAUUUGGUUUGUUUCCACAUCCUGACUUUGCAUAGUGGGGUCGACAUCUCUAUCAUCUAAAGUGUGAUAUCCAUCUCCAGAAAUUGGAUUCAGAGAAAGGGUUCCUCGGUUGUCCAAAAUUUCAUUAAUAAUUGUCUCUUUGGAGCAUGAUACUAUAAUUAUAUAUAUAUAUAUAUAUUGGUAGACAAUUGAAAAGUUUAUUUUCAGUUGAAUUCUAGACAUAAAUUAAUGAAGGUGAAUGAUUCUUUGAAAAGAGAGAGAGAGAGAGAGAGAGAGAGAGAGAGAGAGAGAGAGAGAGAGAGAGAGAGAGAGAGAGAGAGAGAAAUAGAUAGAUAGAUUUAGAUAAAUAAAGGAGAAGAUAUCAGC